CGUCAUCGUCAGUAACAACAUUGGUUCAAUAUUGCGGAGCAAGUAGGCGCCCCUCGUCGCCGCGAUCCCCGUUCCUUGCCCCAGGGACGCCCGCAGAAGGUGGACACAACGGCAAUGGCGGACGUCGUGGCUGGCACGCUCCAGAACGUCGACGAUCAGCUGCCGCGGCCGGUGCCCGCGCAGGCAUGGGCGGAGGCGCCGGCGCCGAGGGCGCCCUCGAAGCCCAGGAGUAACAGCGAGCGCCCCGCGGCGGUCAGGUGGCUCCGCCACGCCGUGCGCAAGCUGUGCGGCGGCCGCCCCCACAGCAUCCGCAGGCCCUGCGGGCUGCGAGCUGCUGGGCCUCCGACCUCGCGGGCCCUCGGCGAGAGCUCCGCCGCGGGAGUGAAGCCUCUCCUGCACCACGGCGCGGCGGGCCGGCUGCCCGCCUCUCCGCCCGAGCUGCCCAGGGCUGGGCCGGCCGGCAGCGAAGGGGCGUGCGACCAGACGAGCGGCGCCACAUCGACCGCGGGCAGCUCCGACGGGUCCCCAGAGCCCCCCAGGGCGGGCGCCAGGCUCCCUCGGCCCGACCUGGCCGCCGCCGAGGACGAGUGGGCCCCCCGCAGUUGCGGGCUGCCUUGGCUGCGGCAGCCAGGAGCUCCGACCUCGCUGACUCUCGGCGAGCUUCGCCCGGGCCGCCGCGCCUCGGGCCGGCUCGCGAGCGAGCCGCGCACCCUCGGCGACCUUCCCGAGUUGCAGGGCUCUGGCGCGGAAGUCAGAACCGGCCUGGGCUACCGCGCCUCGGGCCGGCGCGUGGGCGAGCCGCACACCUUCGGCGACCUUCCCGAGCUGCAGGGCUCUGGCGUGGAAGUCAGAACCGGCCCGGGCUACCGCGCCUCGGGCCGGCGCGUGGGCGAGCCGCACACCUUCGGCGACCUUCCCGAGCUGCAGGGCUCUGGCGCGAAAGUCGGGGCUCGCCCGGGCGACCGCGCCUCGGGCCGGCGCGUGGGCGAUUUGCUCACGCCGCCCGAGCUGGGCGCUAUGCUGCCGGCCGGCCGCGACGCAGCCGCCAGCAUGUCCGACGGGCCUCCGUGGGUUUCCGCUGUGCCCGGGCGGGUCUGCAGCGCCGUGGGGAUCCAUCCUGGGCCGCGCCAGUUCCACAGCGAGCCAGCGGAGCCCCCGCGCCCGCGAGGGGAGCGGCCCGCCAACGCUCGGAGGUCGCUGUCGGCAAGGGGCCGCGGGCGCCCGCGCUCCGCUCUCAGCUGAGGCCCGGCCUCGGGUGGCCGGGGCGACGCGCGGCAGGGCGAGGCAGCAGGGGGCCGCGCCGCAGGCGUCUGCCCGCGCGGGCGCCGCGCGGCGAGCGGCGGAGGCGGCCAGUGCCGCAGGCGAGGGCAGAGGCUGCCUGCGGGCUCCGGGUCUGCCCGAGGAAGGCAUCCUCAGCGCGGGCCACGCGCACGCAGAGUCUGUGGAGGCAAGGGGCACGGGGGGUGCCGAUGCCGCUGCCCGCUGUCCUUGCCUCCCGUUUCGCCCUGCCCGCUGGGAGAGGCCCGCCUCGCCUGCGGCUGCUCUUCUGUCGAGGGCCGCAUUUUGGCUUUUGUCAGGGGGGCGCCCUGGCAAUCGCGCCAAGCGUGCGCGUCCAGGCAAUUUUUUAAUGAGGCCUCCCAUUUUGUUGCCGCUUUGACUUUGGUCAGGGGCGGCGCCCUGGUAAUCACACCGAGCGUGCGCGUCCUGACAAGGAACAUUUCGCAUUUGAGCAAGGCGCGACAAUUAUAUAACAUCUCGCAUUCGAGCAAGGCGCUAAGCUGUCUCUCUCUCUUUCUCUCUCUCUCUCUCUCUGGCUGUCUCUUUUUUUUUUUCUCUCUCUCUCUCUCUCUCUCUCUCUCUCUCUCCGAGCCUUAAGCUGUGAAAUUGGGUUUUGACUGUAGCAAGCACGGCAACGCAGUGUGUAGCUAUUGCAAGUCCAGGACUCGCUUGGCAUAGCAAGGGCUCCCAUUCUUUUUAUGCGAUCGCAGGGCCGGCGACUGCUGCAUGGCCUCAGCCGAGGAGCCACCGUCUCAGCUAGGCCAUAUGUCCCUCACCACGGUCUGUUUUCAGACGGGUCUCGAGGGAAGUUGGACAUCAUUUUCCAUGCCAUUCCUUCCUACUUGCGGUGACAGCGUGCGUCGCCAGCAAACUAUGUUCCAAUGCUGUUCCUGACCCUUUGACGUCGUUUUCCGUAGCCAGCGCUCUGGCAUUUUUGAGCGGCCAUUGACGUGUAGCACCUGUUUUGUGCCGUCGGUCGCGGUUUUCUCGAGACCUCCCGAGUCGUUCAGAACGUCAAAGAACGGUUCUUUGACGGUCCCAGGGCCAAUCGAGGGCCCCUGGAGGCUGUACUUUUCACGACGGCGAGCAUUCAGCGAGGGAGGCGGUGGCUGAGCUUUCGGCGGCGGCUCCACCGAGCCGCCGCCCUUUCGAACCGCAGGCAGCUGCGACAGUGCGGACGGCCCGUGGCUCUUGCUCCUUAUCAAUAACAUUCCGCGGGAGUCUAGAUCAUAGGGGUUUAGAUUCUUAGGGUUUCGGGGGCGUAUGGAUCUGGAUUAUGAUGGAUAUCACUUGGAUUAUG